AUGAAGCUCGAAAAUUUCCCAAUCGGUUUGCACUUCUUCUACAGGGGUAUAUACAGAGCUGUGGAUGAUCCUUCGACGGAUUCGAUAAUCUCUUGGGGCAAAAACAACAAAAGUUUCAUCAUCUGGAAUGCUGGAGAGUUUCUCGCCAAUAUUCUUACCAAUUGCAGAGCAAUGGUAUGCGACGAUUUCAAAGAGUUUUACUCCAAGCUUAAAGAAUAUGGAUUUGUAAAAAUAAGUGGAGAGCACCGCAUGGAAUUUGGGCACAAAUAUUUUGUGAGAGGUCGACCUGAUCUUUUGAGGAAGAUGCAGGCCAAGUCUCAUGCCAGGUCGAGGCGUAUAUGUUUUGCUGCAAAGCAAGCUAGAGAAAGAAAAUUAGCCAAUGGCUUGGAUCUUUUACGAAUUGGCUGA